AUGCCCGUUAUGACCGAUACAGGGAACCGAGUCCGAAUAUUCGAUACGACGAUGCGCGACGGCGAACAGUCGCCGGGCGCGUCGAUGAAUCUGGAAGAGAAGCUCCGGAUCGCCGAGACCCUCGAGGAGAUGAGGGUCGACGUGAUCGAGGCGGGCUUCCCCAUCGCGUCGAACGGCGAUUUCGAAGCGGUGCGCGAGGUUGCCAAAGGUGGUGACCGAGAGCACCGUCUGCGGCCUCGCCCGCGCAGGCCGGCGGGACAUCGACCGGGCGCCGAGGCGCUCGCGCCGGCAAGGUCCGGGCGCAUCCACACCUUCAUCUCGACCAGCCCGCUCCACAUGCGCGUCAAGCUGCAGAUGGAGCCCGAGGACGUCCAUGCGGCGGUGAUCGACAGCGUGAGCUACGCCCGCAAGUUCACCGACGAUGUCGAGUGGUCCUGCGAGGACGGCUCGCGCACCGAGCAUGACUUCCUGUGCCGCUGCGUCGAAUCGGCGAUCAAGGCGGGUGCGGGCACCAUCAACAUCCCCGACACGGUCGGCUACGCGGUGCCGGAGGAGUUCGCGGCGCUGAUCGAAAUGCUUUUCGAUCGGGUACCCAACAUCGACAAGGCGGUGCUCUCCGUCCAUUGCCACAACGAUCUUGGCCUCGCGGUCGCGAAUUCGCUGAGCGCCGUGCAGGCCGGCGCGCGGCAAGUGGAGUGCACCAUCAACGGGCUCGGCGAGCGCGCGGGCAACGCCGCGAUGGAAGAGAUCGUCAUGGCGAUCCGCACCCGCAACGACCUGCUCAGCUACGAGACCGGGGUGAAGACCGAGAACAUCAUGCAGGCGUCCCGCCUGGUCUCUGCGGUGACCGGCUUCGUCGUGCAGCCGAACAAGGCGAUCGUCGGCGCCAAUGCCUUCGCCCACGAAGCGGGGAUUCACCAGGACGGCGUCCUCAAGGACGCGCAGACCUACGAGAUCAUGACGCCCGAAUCCGUCGGUCUCGUGCAGUCCACGCUCGUCAUGGGCAAGCAUUCGGGCCGGCACGCCUUUCGCGAGAAGCUGCGGAACCUCGGCUAUACCGAGCUCGGCGACAACGCGCUUCAGGAAGCGUUCGUGCGUUUCAAGGACCUCGCCGACAAGAAGAAAGAACUCUUCGACGAGGACAUCAUCGCGCUCGUGGACACCGAGGUCGCGGGCGCGAACGACCGGAUCCGGUUCGGAUCCCUCUCGGUAUCCUGCGGAUCGUCAGGACCGCAGGAGGCGUCGCUCUCGCUCAGCGUCGACGGCGAGAAGAGCGAGGCGCGUGCCACGGGCAACGGCCCCGUGGAUGCGGCCUUCAACGCCAUCAAGGCGAUUUAUCCACACGAGGCCAGGCUACAGCUUUAUCAGGUCCACGCGGUGACUGAAGGGACCGAUGCGCAGGCCGAGGUAAGCGUGCGGCUGGAGGAGAACGGGAGAACCGUGAACGGGCACAGUGCACAUAUCGAUACCAUCGUGGCCUCGGUGUUGGCCUAUGUGCACGCGCUCAACAAGCUUCUGGUCAAGCGGCAGAAGACGGCCCCGGAGGCGUUGUCAGCGUGA